AACAAAAAUGUCUGCCUGCAUUUCAGUCCAGUAAAUGUCUAAUCGUUUUAUGAAUAAAAUAAAAGCCUGCGUACAUUCAAAACCUCCAACAUCAGACUGCGACGUUUUAGAAACAAACAAAGUCGGACAAAAACUAGUCAGAAAGCGAAUAUUUUAGCAAGGAAGCGAUUACACUCGUCUCUAUCGGUUUAUUAUAAGCAUAACGCAAUUAAUCUCGUGUUUUGCUCUCGGAAAAGUUCAAAUGGAGCCCACAGCUUCGGGAAUAUUCUGUAACAGGAUGCUCAGUAUGGUGAACUCUGAGGAUGUGAACGCCAUCAUUCAAGCCCAGAGACAUAUGCUGGACCGCUUUGAGAAGACCAAUGAGAUGCUAAUCAACUUCAACGGCCUGUCCAAUGUGCGCUUACAGCAGAUGAAUGAACACUUUCUGAUGCACACCAGGACUUUGAUAGAGAUGAAGAAAGACUUGGACAGCAUCUUCAGAAGAAUAAGGACAUUAAAAGGCAAGGUAGCAAAACAGUAUCCAGAGGCCUUUAGCAAUGUCAGUGAAAGUUCCAACCUGGAGGAUGAUGAUGAUGAGUUUGACCCCAUCCCUGCCAGCGUGGCCACCACCAUCACGACCACCGCGACGUCUGAACAGAGCACAGAGUCCUGUGACACGAGUCCUGAUGUCAUUUCUCCAACCAUCAGCUGCUGUUCUGAAGACCCGUCGCAAGAGCACACUGACACACCAACUUCUGACAGCCACGAACAACCAGUGUUACAGGACGAGGGUCCGGAUUCAGCCGACAUUUAGGUUUAUUUAAUCCAGAUGUCACUUAAAAAAUUGUGCUGAUGCAGGCUUGACGUUUACUAUGCGAAAAAUGUUUUUAGUGCUACUAAUUCAGUGUUAUUUAAAAUGAUGUUUUAUGUUAGAGCUUUUCAUAUAUAAAAAUGGCUGCUGCUGUAAUUGUGUUAAAUUUAUAGAACGAUUCGGGAAAUAAACAAAUUUAAUACAAAUCCAAAGAUCAAGAUGCAUUUAAAUAUGAUCAUGUUUACCUGGUAUUGUGUUUAAAAUAGGUUAGCUUUUUUUGUAUUAUUUUUAUGGCAAUAAAUGUCAUGAAAUUUAAAGUGU